AUGACUGGGGAGGGCGCGCAAGAGUUUACCGCCGAGGAAGUCCCAGACCUUGACGGUUUCGUCGAAGCUACCGGAGAUCAAGAGGGUUCCAAUCGGGUUGAAUUUAACGCAACCGACGCAGUGGGAAUGGCCGAGCAAUUUCCGAAUCGGUGUGUUGUCGUCGUUGUUGGAGAUUGCGAGGGCGCCCAGACAUGGAUCGCAUGGUCAUCCGACCCGCUGACUAGAUAUUCCGAGUCGGGAGACCACACCACGUCGUUGAUUCCCUCCCUUCGCUCUGUAUCUUUGCCGUCCGCUAGCUUUCCCUCUUCGGCGUCGUCAUCAACUUCCCGGUUGUUUAUGGACACCUCCUUCGCCGAAUGCUGA